AUGGCCCAUGUCAAGCCAACCGUCAUGGCCAGGAAAAGCUGCCAUCUGGACGACGGGGCGCCGGGGGAGAAACAUGCGAGUGGAGGGACAGAGGGCAGAGAUCAGCGUCAUUCGCCCCCAGCAGCGGGUCCCGUGUUUUGCCGAAAUGAAGGGCUCAGCGAUACUCGUUUGUCAUUGCCUCUGUGUCGCAUCAUCGCCAUGGCCUCUGCACCCGCCAGCACCAACGCCCUCGCCCUCGCCCUCGCCGCCGCUUCUGUCCAUCUUGGCCAGCUUGGGAGGGAACCGAACUGGGGUUGCCCGUCCCCCCAAUCCCCCUCCCGUCCCCUUCCCUUGCCUAGUGCUGUUUGA